AUGUCAUCAGUAGGACCAUACCAUAGCAGCCAUCCGCACAUCCGCUCCACGGUCCAAAUCCAACAUCUAACAGAGAAGAGUAAUCAACCAACGCGUAAUGCGUAUUACGCCCUCCUGUGCAGUCCAAGCAUGAUUACUCUGUUCGACCUUCCAACCAAGGACCGCAAUUCCCCAAGGACUAUGACUACCUGGCGGACCAAGUACGCCCUAAACGUCAAAAAUCUGCCGUACCAGACUGUCCACGUCGAGCUCCCCGACGUCGAAGCUCUAGCCAAAAAGAAUGGCGCUGCCCACACCAGGAUGAAGUCAGAUGGUCGGCUUAUCCCGACAAGACCUACCCCUCCUCCGGAAGCGAAGGAGAACCUUGGGAAGAUGAACACAUGGUUCGAAGGAAGCGAGGGGGACUUUGAUAUGGGGAACGAACCGUGUUUCGCGGACGCGGCGAUUUGUGCGUUUUUGUGGUUCACAAGGAGGAUGGUUGGGGAGGACAGUGAGGAGUGGAAAGACGACGUUAGUUGGAAUGAUGGCAGGUGGGGAAGGUACUUAGAGAGCUUCAAGCCGUAUGAGAAACUGUUGUAG